ACAUUGACAUGUAUCUUGUGUGUGUAAAUAAUUGAAUAAAUAGUUAUUACAAAGAAAGAAAAUGUCUACAAAAAAGGUACUACAGUUAUUUUUAGAGAAAAUUUCAAGUGAUGCCAAAUUUGGCAGAUUCAACUACACUUCCCCAGACAUGUUCACCGUCCACUUAAAAUGUAAGGUUGGAGAGGGCGACACACAGCACUAUAACAACUAUACCAAAGAAUGGAUAGCAAAGUUCUCUGCUUUCACCAACACCACAUGGAUUGUACACAGUUACUUCCCAAAUAUGAAACGGUUUCAUUACAGAAAAUCAUUCUGGUGCCAUCGGUCCAAUCAAAAUAAAUCUACAACUUCCGAACGAUCAAAGAAUCUUAACUGCAAAGCGAAAGUGGACUUCAAGGUAAAGUUUAUGAAUAAAAAUACAAUUAAAAAUGAUUUAGAUCUGAGAAUGGGUCUAAAUAUGGUUAUUAAGAUUGAUUUUAAUCAUUGUCACCCAUUACAUGACCCGGAGAAUCUGGGUCAGUUAAGAACUUCUAAUCACAUUGAUUCUGCUUUCUAUGAAUAUUUUAAUGAUGGCUACACGCCUUCCAUCGCUAAAUGUUACCAUGAACUGCUUUUGGUAGAGCAAAAUGGACCAGACAGUGAAGCCAUUGAGAAUGCAAGUGUAAACCCUACUCUGCGGCAUAUUAUAUAUCUAUUUCAAAAGAGAAGGCCUCUCAGAAAUGUAGAUAUUAAUGAUGCUAUUAAUAGAAAGGUUGAGACUUUACAAAAAACUGGACAUGUGAUUAAAUACUACAUGAGCAAUCAGUUUGUGGUUAUUAUUACAUCACUGAUGGGGCGAGUUGUAACAGAGUUCAGUAUUGAGAAUGUUUUAAUAGAUGUAACGCCAAUAAAUUCCGGGCCUUUUGUGAUGAUGGUUUACGUGCCCACGCCAUUCGGGUCACUGCCUAUUGCUUGCGCUGUAUUCAAUGAGAGAAACCUGGGCAUAUAUGAACGGAUAUUUUUGGCUAUAUCAACGGCUAUAGAGACUGGCUUUGAGAAGAGUUUUGAGCCCAAAUUAAUUUCAUUUGUAAGUACAUUUAUAAAGGAAGCUUUAUCCUUGAUGUUUCCAAGUAUAGUAGUCAAACCGGACAGGUUUGAAAUUUGCAGAGAAUUUUGGGAGUUUAUUUGCAAUGAUGACAAUAAAAUAGACAAAAGCAAGCGACAUGAAAUUAUGCAACUCUUCAAGUCUUUAAUCUAUGCUGACAAUAUAGAAGAAGCUAUUCAAAUCCAUUAUAGUUUACUAACCAAUGAUAUAAUGCAACCCUUUUUGCAAAAGAUCGAGUAUGUCUGGCAAGACUGGGAGAAAUGGAUGGGGAUCAAAGACUUUAACGGAAAGCAUAUCGAGGCACCUAUAAUAUUUAUAAAAGAAUUCCUUAUACAAAAUGUAAGUCGUUUGAAUUAUUUGUCAUGAUAGACGUUGUUACUAAAAUUCUAGAGAGUCAUUUUCAGAAAAUGAUAAUUGCAUAUACAAAUAAUGAUGUUGUAAGUUUGCAUACGAAGUUCCUACCGAAAAUUGACCUUGCUUCAGAAUCUAUAGAAAAAAUCGGGGCCAAUGAUUAUAUGGUUUCUGUCGAUGGAGAGACUUAUCGUUUGAAUACAGAUUCCCUUUGCUGUGAUUGUAAAAUAGGUAUAAAAGGGCGAAUAUGUGAACAUUUAACGAGCGUUCUAAACACUAUUGACUACAAAUACAAUUACAACAGCGAUUCAUUAGAUACUGACGUCGCUUAUAAAAUCGCUGGUGAGAUUAGACAUGUGAAAAUUGAAAAUGAUGACAAAGAAGAAACGGACGACAGUGAUAUGGACGAGACCAAUGAUAGGCCUAUGUCGGCUGCAUCGAACGAAAGUUCUGUUUCCAUGGAAAUAAAGCAAGAAGUAGACCCAUUAGAGGAAAGUUACAAUCAAAAUGUUGCAAAUUUAGAUUCAAAAGCACAGUAUGAAGCAAUGAUGAAGAAAUUGAAUGACGAGUUCAGAAGGCUGAAUAGAUUGUUUAGAGAUAACCCGAACAAAGCUAAUAUGGAGACGAUGGAGCGGUUAGCUACAGAAUUGGCUAAAAUACGGCCGGUGGAAGAGCCAGAUUUUUCCAAUAUGUUUGUACAAAGGAACUCCUGAUUAUGUUAACAAAAUUUGUUGUUAUCCAAUUAUAUUGGAGCGAAAUAAAAGAUAAUAAUGACGGC